AUGUUGGCCCUGUUCGCUCCUUUACGACCUGGUCAUCCACGCAGGAACAAAUCAAUCAUCUAUGGAAAUCCGACUGUUCAACCCUCGAUACCCCGGCCUAAGAUCAAGGAUAACAUGGCUUCCACCACCUCUGCACCACUAUUGCCUGAUCAAAUCAUUCCUGGGGUUUACCUGUCUGAUAGCAUUCAGACGGCUCGAGCAGUCCUCAGUCCAAAUUAUCAAACACCCAACCGACCCAAGAUCCGGUAUAUCUUGUCCUUGCUCAAUGCAACUCACCAACAACCUCAGAUGCUCCCAUCUCAGGAGCCAGACUUUGUCAUGAAACUCAUCAUGCUCCGUGACAAUAACAACGAGAAUCUUCUGCAAGUUCUUGACGAAGCUUGCAACUUCAUCAAGUCAAGUCUUGGGAACAAGGACGGGGGUGUGCUCAUUCAUUGCCACCAAGGUGUGUCUAGAUCGGCAUCGGUGAUGAUCGCCUUUGUGAUGGAAGAGAUGGAUCUGGAAUACGAAACAGCACUUCGCUAUGUUCGGCAGGGACGCCCCAAGGUCAAUCCAAACCCCGGCUUCGUUGCACAGUUGGAAAUGUGGCAUCGCCUGCAGUACAACAUCCGGGAGAAAAAUGGAGAGCUCAAACAGGAGUACAUCGACUGGGGAAAGACAAACAAGGCGAGAGAGGCGAAGGAACUUGCUGGUACAAAAGAGAUUCCAGGCAACAAGGAUACGUCUUGA